CCAUUCCACGAAAGGACAUGGUGGAAGGUGGGUGCUGAGAGAGAUCCUUGUAUCGCAUGUAGCCGAGCCUUCGAAGGUGAGAGACUCGCGAGAAGACGAAGCGACACACGAGAGAUCAGGUUGCCGUUUACGCCGGAGCAUGGCGGAGUAUCUCGAUUCCGAGGCGGACGUGAGCGAGGGCGAGGAGGAGUUGGACCAGAAUGAGAAGAAGAAGCUGAGGAAGUUGAAGGCGGUGGAGGAGAGCGACGACGAGGAGGAAGAUGAUGAGGAUCAGUUGCGUGAGGAACUGAAAGAUUUGAUAGACGACAAUCCUAUAGAGGAAAGCGAAGGUGAAGACAGUGACGGUUCUACUCAUCAUAAAAAGCGUAAGAAGAGCGAUGACGAAGAUUUUGAUGAUCGCUUGGAAGAUGAAGAUUACGAUCUGAUUGAAGAAAAUUUAGGCGUUAAGCUUCAAAGAAAACGUUUUAAACGUCUUCGAAGGAUCCAAGAUGAGGAGUCAGAGGAAGAACAAGAAAAGGAAGCAGAUGAGGAACGGGACGCUAUUGCCAAUGAAUUGUUUGAAGGUUCCGGAGAUGAAAGGGAUAUUAUUACGGAGGACGAAAGACGAAGUGAACGAAGUCAUAGGCCGGAGGCGGAAACCUUCGAGGAAGGCAGUGACGAAGGAGAAUACACUGACGCGGAUGAUUUCAUUGUCGACGAUGAUGGUAGACCUAUCGCGGAGAAGAGAAAGAAGAAGAAGCCAAUAUUUUCUGAUGCGGCGUUGCAAGAAGCACAAGAUAUUUUCGGCGUUGAUUUUGAUUAUGACGAAUUUGGUAAAUACGGCGAGGAGGAUUAUGAGGAGGAAGAGGAAGAAGAAGAGGAUGAAUACAUGGAUGAGGACAUUGAUGCUGAACGGCCGCGACGACCGAAGAAGCAGCUGAAGAAAAAGACCACGAGAAAGAGUAUCUUUGAGAUUUACGAGCCCAGCGAAUUGAAACGCGGUCAUUUUACCGAUAUGGAUAAUGAGAUACGUAACACAGAUAUACCAGAAAGAAUGCAACUGAGAUCUGUACCGGUCAUACCAGUUCCGGAAGGUUCUGAUGAGUUGGACCUUGAAGCAGAAUGGAUCUACAAGCAGGCAUUUUGCAAGCCUACAGUUUCUAUUCAGGAUGCUCACUUGAAUGCUGAGGCUAAGGAACGGGCACGAAAAGGACCGCAGACUAUCGGCAAAAUUAAGAAAGCCUUGGACUUCAUGCGCAAUCAACACUUUGAAGUUCCUUUCAUAUCCUUCUACAGGAAGGAAUACGUACUGCCCGAGCUGAACAUUAAUGACCUGUGGAAGGUUUAUAAGUUCGAUGCGAAAUGGUGCCAGUUAAGCCAGCGGAAGGAGAAUCUGCUCAAGCUGUUCGAGAAGAUGCGUAACUAUCAACUGGAUGAAGUCAUGAAGAAUCCGGACGCGCCGCUACCGGACAACGUGCGAGUGAUCAAGGACGACGACAUUGAGCGACUGAAAAACGUGCAGACGAGUGAAGAGCUCAAUGACGUCUAUAAUCAUUUCAUGCUGUAUUACAGCCACGAGAUCCCGGCGAUGCAGGAAUCCGUGCGCCAGAAGGAGAGGCAAGCGCGACGCGAGGAGAGAAUCCUGCGACGCAGGCAACAGAUCGCUGAGGCAGAAGAAAACGGAGAGGAUCCACCGGAAGAGGAAGAAAUAAUAGAGGAAGAAGAACCUGAGGACACGCUAAAGCAAGCCGUUAGAAGCGGCCCGUACUCGAUCUGUCGGAAGGCCGGUCUGGACAGUCUGGCGAAGAAGUUCGGCCUAACACCCGAGCACUACGCUGAGAAUCUUCGUGACAAUUAUCAGCGUCACGAGGUGGAUCAGGAGCCGACCGAACCGACGACAAUCGCGAUCGAGUACUGCAGCUCGCGAUUCAAGACCAUGGAGGAAGUGUUGAAGGCCGCUCAGCUGAUGGUGGCAAUCCAAUUGGCGCGCGAGCCGCUCGUCCGCAAAUGCGUGCGCGAGAUGUACAUGGAACGCGCCAAGAUAUCCGUGAAGCCGACGAAGAAGGGCAUCAAAGAGAUCGACGAGAAUCAUCCGAUCUACACAAUGAAAUACUUGAAGGACAAGCCGGUGCGCGAUCUCGUGGGCGUUCAGUUCCUGAAUCUGAUGAUCGCCGAGGAGGACAAGCUCAUCACGAUCACCCUCAGUGACACGAUCGAGGGCAACACCACCAGCAAUUACGUCGACGAGAUGAAGCAGCUCUAUUGCCGCGACGAGUUCAGCAAACUCGUGCAAGACUGGAAUGCCCUGCGCGUAGGCAGCGUCGAAAUCGCGCUCAAUCGCAUGGUGAUACCGCAUCUGAAGAAGGAGCUGCGCACGAAUCUGAUCGCCGAGGCGAAGGAGUGCGUGAUGCGCGCGUGCUGCCGUAAGAUGUACAACUGGAUCAAGGUCGCGCCGUACAGCUGCGAGUUCCCGGAGGAGGAGGACGAGGAAUGGGACACCAGUAAAGGCCUGCGUGUCAUGGGCCUGGCUUACGUGCCCGAUUAUUCUCAGGCAGCGUUCACCUGUCUGAUCGCGGCCGACGGCGAAUGUACGGAUUACCUGCGCCUGCCGCAUCUGAUGAAGCGCAAGAACAGUUACCGCGAGGACGAGAAGACUAUGAAGGAGGCCGAUCUGCUGGCGCUCAAGAACUUCAUAGCCACGAAGAAGCCGCAUGUAGUCGUGGUGGCCGGCGAGUCCCGAGAGGCAAUGAUGAUCGCCGCCGACAUCAAAGAAUGCAUCACUCAUCUGACGGAGGAGGAGCAAUUUCCCAGCAUUCAGGUGGAGAUAUGCGAUAACGAGCUCGCGAAGAUCUACUCCAAUAGUAACAAGGGUAACUCGGAGUUUCGGGACUACCCGGAACUGCUACGCCAAGCUAUCUCGCUGGCGAGAAGGAUACAGGAUCCGCUGGUGGAGUUCUCGCAAUUAUGCACGGCCGACGAAGAGAUUCUCUGCCUCAGGUACCACAACUUGCAGGAUCAGUUGCCCAAGGAAGAACUGCUGGAGAAUUUAUAUCUGGAGUUCGUCAAUCGCGUGAACGAGGUUGGCGUAGAUGUGAAUAAGGCUGUCCAACAGGCAUACUGCGGCAACCUUGUUCAAUUUGUUUGCGGUCUCGGCCCGCGAAAGGGUCAGGCGUUGAUCAAGAUGCUGAAGCAGACAAAUCAGCGGUUGGAGAACAGGACGCAGUUGGUUACCGCGUGUCACAUGGGGCCGAAGGUGUUCAUCAAUUGCGCCGGCUUCAUCAAAAUCGACACCAACAGCCUGGGCGACAGUACCGAGGCGUACGUGGAGGUGCUCGACGGUUCGCGCGUACAUCCCGAGACUUACGAAUGGGCCAGGAAGAUGGCAGUCGACGCUCUGGAGUACGACGACGAGGACGCCAAUCCCGCUGGCGCUUUGGAGGAGAUACUCGAGUCGCCUGAGCGCCUCAAGGACUUGGAUCUCGACGCUUUCGCGGAAGAACUCGAGCGGCAGGGUUUCGGCAACAAGUGCGUCACUCUCUACGAUAUCAGGGCCGAGUUGAACAGCCGGUACAAGGAUCUUCGUGUGCUAUAUCAGUCGCCGAGCGCGGAGAAGUUAUUCGACGUUUUGACGAAGGAGACACCCGAGACCUUCUACGUCGGCAAGCUAGUGUUGGCCACCGUGGUCGGCAUCAGUCAUCGAAAACCGCAGGGCGAUCAGCUCGAUCAGGCGAAUCCGGUGCGAAACGAAGAGACCGGUCUAUGGCAGUGUCCGUUCUGCCUGAAGAACGAUUUUCCCGAGUUGUCGGAGGUGUGGAAUCACUUCGACGCUGGCGCUUGUCCGGGCAAGGCUACCGGCGUAAGAUUGCGACUGGACAAUGGCAUCUCCGGCUAUAUUCACAUCAAGAACCUGUCGGAUCGGCACGUCGCGAAUCCCUGCGAGAGAGUCGGUAUGGGGCAGAUCAUUCAUUGCCGGAUUAUCAAAAUCGAGGUAGACCGAUUCAGCGUCGAAUGUACCAGCAAGAGCAGCGAUCUCGCUGAUAAGAAUCACGAAUGGAGGCCGCAACGGGAUCCGUUUUAUGACACCGAGACCGAGCAGAGGGACAUAAAGGUAGAAGAGGACGCGAAGAAGGCGAAACAGCGGCAGAUCUACGUGAAACGCGUGAUCGUCCAUCCGUCCUUCCACAAUAUCAGCUUCGCCGAGACUGUGAAACUGAUGCAGACAAUGAAGCAGGGCGAAGCAAUAGUGAGACCGAGCAGCAAAGGCGCCGAUCACUUGACAGUCACGUGGAAGGUCACCGAUGACAUUCUCCAGCACAUCGAUGUUCGCGAGGAGGGCAAGGAGAACGCUUUUUCAUUGGGACAGAGCCUGUGGAUCGGCAACGAGGAGUUCGAGGAUCUGGACGAGAUCAUCGCUCGACAUGUAAAUCCCAUGGCCGCUUACGCCUCCGAAUUGCUCGACUUCAAGUACUACAAGCCCGGUGUGGAGGGGAUCAAAGACAAAGCGGAGGAGAUACUGAAGGAUCAGAAGAAGGAGAAUCCUGGUGGAAUUCCUUAUAUCAUGUCGGCAGCUAAGACUUAUCCUGGAAAGUUUCUACUCUCGUAUCUGCCGCGUACCCGUUGCCGCCACGAAUACGUCACAGUGACAUCCGAGGGCUUUAGAUUUCGAGCGCAGAUGUUCGGUAGGGUGAGCGACCUGUUGCGCUGGUUCAAGGAACACUUUAGGGAUCCCGUCCCUGGACAAUCCACUCCUAGUACACCGCGCGGCGCGAUGACCUCGAGGACACCUUACACUACUACGCCAGGAACAGUCAGUGGAAUGAAUCAAGAAGCAAUACAGCGAGUUGCACAAAACCUUCCGCAUCACAUGUUGCACUCGCUAUCGCAAGUGGCGAAUCAAACGCCGCAUCACUAUCCGCCGCACACUCCGGGAGCGGCUAGUGCUACCGGCUACGGCGGAGUGCACACGUAUCCCAACACGCCGUACACGCCGUCUGGCCAAACUCCGUUUAUGACUCCGUAUCAGACGCCGCAUCAUACGCCGCAUCACGGCCAGCCCACUCCCAGAUACGGUCAACAAACUCCUAGCCAUCAUCAAGGACCCUUCGUACACCCGCCGCCACCCUCGAUGACGCCCGGCCAUCAUAGGUCCGCUCAAUCGCACAGACCUACACCACCCCUGUCCACUCCUUCCGGCGAUCCCAUGGAUUGGAAGAAGACCGGCGAUCCCACGGACUGGAAGAAGGCCGCCGAAGCGUGGGCACGUUUGAAAAGCGGUCCUCGAGUAUCCGGAUCGACGCCCAGGUACGAAGAGUCCAGAAAAACUCCGCGUAACUACGACGACCCAAUCGGUAGAACGACGCCCUCCGGAAGGAGCAGGCCCUCCUCCACGCGUACUCCAUCGUAUAAAUCUCCGCGAGGUACUCCACACACGAAUUCUAGUCCACGGAGUAUGUCUCUCAGCGGAGAUGGUACUCCUCUCUACGAUGAGAGCUAACGGGAUUGUGCAUAGCUGAUAAUAUUUAUUAGUUACGUCAUAUCAUGCUAUGUAUGAGAUAGUAAGAGUACGUGUGGCCCCUCGACGACGGGUAAUUUGUCUCACCCCGAAAUAUCGUUGAUUGCUCGCGUCAAACCGAUCAUUGGUCGUUGCAGGAUAUGCAACACGCGUAGCGAGUUCUUCCACUUUCUUGCAUGCCGCGAGGUUCCGUUCGCGAAUCAAGAGAGCGUCGAUUGGCUAUUGUAAACUACGGUGUUGUACUGUAAUUUAUUUAUUUUGUAAUUUCGCGAUUUUUUCCUAUGUACAUAAUAAAAUUUACGAAAACUUUAACGAAGACCCCUCUCACGAGCACGCUCUGCAAUCUUCUUGAUUCAUUUUCCCGUACAUGGCAUCAAUGAGAAAAAUAAUUUGUAAAAAGUAAAACUAGUUUACUGGAAUUAUUUCAAUAUUACAAUACAAUAAUUUUCAAAGUUUAUUUUUUUUCAUCAGUUACAAUAAAGAUAUUACAAGACUAGAGUCAACUUAGAAUAAUAUACUUAAUCAAUAUCUUUUUACGGGCACGUUACUAAUAGCAUAGAGUUGAAAAGAGAUUGUAACUGAAUUUUGCUCAAAGAUAUAUUUUAUACUUUUCAUUGGUGCCGUUAUGCUUGUAACAUAGAGAACUGAUUGAUCUAAUUACUUAUCGUACCAGCAGCGGUACAUCUCUUGAGUGCUGCAUGGUUUACAGAUUUCUAUAAGUUUUAUACAUAAAUACCUGGACUGCUAUCUUAGAAAGAUGAAAGUAAGCCAAAUGAUCUUGGGAAAGACAGUGACAAUUUUUCAGGAAUUUUCAUCAUUAACGUUACUUUAUAGAAAAUAUAUGAAUUCACGAAAUAAUUGAAAAUUUUUCCCCCAAACUGAUUCGUAAUUGUAAUAUAUUAGCGAUCUAGGUAUUCUAUAGAAAUCUGCAUUAUGUAUAUAUAUAUAUUCAAGUAGCGUUUAUAUAGAAAAUAUCUGCAGAAUAAUUAAAUUAAGAUUCACUGUCGCUGUGUAUACUUGAAAUUACUAAAUAGCUUGCAUCUGAUUAAUGCCUUAUUUAGUAAAUUUCUUUGUAAAAGCGGAAACAAAGAUGAUUAUCUUUCGUAUUUGUAUCGACUAUGGUUUUUAUUUAAAUAUGCACCAAUGAAUUAUGUAUGUUUCUUAUAUGACUUUACUUAUAUAGAACAGACGCAUUUCAUACAAUUUAUAUAAUUGUUAAAUGAUAACAUUAAACUUAAAAGCAAUA